AAAAUUGAUAAAUCAUCAAUCAUGACAUUUAUUGUAAAUAUAAAACUGUAAUUAUUAUUUAUUUACUGAUUACUCAUCACAAAUGAUUACCUAUCCAUUUUACUAAACAUGAAUAAAUAAGAACGUUAUAGAACAUUCGUUCAAAUAAAACAUUUGCAGAGCUUCGAGAAUCGAGUAUGUUACCGGUCUAGAUUACAUCUUAUAUCUCGUUGACACGGUGAUAUAAACAUCAAAAUGGUUUCGGAAGGUGUACCAGUAGAUCUUUACAUUUACGACCUGACUAAUGGACUGGCUUCAGUUUUAUCACCAACUAUAAUAGGUCGCAAAAUCGAAGGUGUUUGGCAUACGUCAAUCGUGGUUUUCGAGCGGGAGUAUUUCUAUGGAGCGUCGGGAAUCACUAGUUGUGCACCUGGGAGCACGCAGCUGGGCGCACCACUGCAAGUAGAAAGAUUAGGAUCUACAUUUGUACCCUUUCAAGUUUUCAACGAGUAUAUAGAAGGACUCGCUACUUCAACGUAUAAUGGUUCCGCGUACCACCUCCUAGAGCACAACUGCAACAGCUUCAGCGAGGAAGUGGCGCAGUUCCUGUGCGGCGGGCACGUGCCCAAGCACAUCAUCUCGCAGGCGGAACGGGAUCUGCCGGCGCCAUUGCGGAUGGCCCUGACGUCCAUGUUGGGGCAACUGGUCCCGGGGGGCACUCAGGCGGUGUAUGCAAAUGGAGUUCGCCACAGCCGUCAAGACAGUCCAGAAUAUCUAACGCUCAAUAACCAAAUCGAAGAAGCCAGGAUAGUGUCUCAAGAACUAGACGCAAAGAGGAACACAAUAGCAGAGAAGGUGGCGAGGAAGGAACGGAAAAAGGAGAAGAAACGGAAGAAGCUGCGCGAACAAGGCGGCACUGGGGAUGAUGCUGAUGAAAUGGCAGAAGCAGUAGAAGCCGUGGAGCCCAGAGAGCCAGUGUCCCUAGCUGGACCUAGCUCUCGGGACCUUGAAGUGGAGGCAGAGGAACGUCGUGCUGAAGAACAAAAGAAAAGGUCCAGGGAUCCACCAGUUGUUUACAGGGAUAUUGAUGGCGCACAAGAAUUUGAAGCGUUCGCGAAAAAUCUAGAAGGUGUCGAACUUUCGCCUGAAGAAAAGCAAAGUCUUGAUGAAUUACAGCAGUACCUCGUUCAGGGUGAAGGUAGCUGGGUGCUUGGGGAUGACUUUUUAAGUUUUAUUGGUCGCAUCCUCUCCGACCCGAGCAUCUCCAGUUCAGCUCGUAUAAGCGUGCUCCGUUGUUUGGCCGCAAGUGCCCUGCGUGAUGAUGUGUCUCUAGUGCUGCAUCAGGACAGACGUCAACACGCACUGCUGGGCUAUGCACUUGGAAUAGAUGCUCUGCCUCUGGAGGAGCAACAUGCUUUGGCUCUGUUUAUGUGCAAUCUGUUUGAAAACACGUCGUCAUCAGAAUGGCUGCUGUACAUCAGUGAAUGGGAACAUCGUGGACAUGCGCUGUCGAAUAUCAGAGUUACUACUAAAGUAUGCGUCCAAUGCAUGCUAAGCGAACAAACAGAGCUACGUGAGUGUGGAACAGCCCUACUAUAUAACAUCGCCAGCAAGGAGGUAAAGACCGUGGUGUUCGACGAGGUAUGCGUAGAGCUGGCAAUGGCAGCUCUUCAGCUGACCCAAUGGGCACCGGCUGAAGAACAUCUCUGGCGUACUAUGACUGCUCUGGCCAGACUCGCGCAGCACUCUGCUGAAGUGCCGCAGUUGAUAGCAAUAGUUGGCCCAGACCCAAGUGCUUACAGAGGUACGAGCGCUCGUGUAGACGAACAGAUAGAUUUAAUCAUGAAGAAAGUCAAGUAAUGGGAUCUUUUGGUAUUUAAUUUUUUAUUGUUAACAUCGUUUUAAUUUAUUAUAAUAUUGUAAUUUGUUGUAAUUUAUUUCAUAGCUUUUAAUUAAUGUCCCUCAAGCUCAUAAUAUUCGUCUAUCAAAUAUGUAAAUUAAAAUUUAUUUAUAUAAUAUAUUGUACUGAAAGUUAAUAUGUACUCUAGUGUAAGUACCUGAGGAAUUGUUUAGUAUAAAUAUAAUGAUUGUUUAUGUGCAUUUACUGUAUGUGUAUACAAUAAACAUCGGUUGUAUAGAAUAAAUAUGUUGGUAUUAAUA